AACCUGGAAGAUCUUUCGUCUUUCGUCUAAAUAAAAACACCGACUUUUCGAAAUCCGGCGGAGAAUCGAACUCUUCGCCGGCAAGCUAAUCGUCGCCCUCCUUUACUCCCCCUUGACUCUUCGGCGAACUCAACCGCCUCUAGCGGCGCAUUUAAUUUAGCACCGUCUUCUAUCCUUUAUAAAAAAAAAAUGCUUCCUUUACAGCGAAUAAUUCGAUUCGAUCUUUGCCGCUUAUCAACCGCUGCCUGUGUCUCUCGCCAAAUUUUUCUUCCAUUUUGUUUCAUGAAGAAGAUGAAUGCUUCCCAGAAACCAAUUUCCAGCAAUUCUGUUUUAAUUACUGCUCAAAAGCCCUUUGGCAAUGAAUCUCCUGCUGAAGAAACAAGGCAAUCUUCUUUGGGGGGGAAAAUAAAUGAGAAGCAAUUUCAAUCUAGCAAUGAGAUAGACUUUCCUUCAUUGUCUGUGAAUGCUGGUUCUAGUUCUAAAGGUACGAACUUUGGAAAAUGGAGAAAAAGGACUGGUUCAGGAUCGGAGCUGAGGCAAGAAGCUGUUAAUUCUUCUGAACUCGAAGGGAUUGCAAGCCAGCAGGAAGAAGGGGGAACGGGGAUCGAUUUGGAAUUGCAGACAAGGCCUCGGCUCGUUAAUUCUUCUUAUCAUGAGGGAAUUGUGAGCAUGCAGGAAUCUGGAUAUAACGGAGUAGUGGAUGUUGCAAGCCCGCUGGUAGAAAAUUAUUUCCCUAGCCAUUUUGGAAAGAAGAAGGUUUAUCGUAAAAACUUUGAAGAAUCCAAUAAUGCUGUAGAUACUAAGAGUUCUGAGUGUUCCGAGGGUUUGCCUAAGCACGAAAGAUUCAAUAUAUGCCUACCUCGACUUAGAGAUAUCAAAACACAAGAAAUUUUGAGGCCUGGAAUGGUUUUGCUGAAACAUUAUAUAUCCCUUCGUGAUCAGAUCGAUAUAGUCGAAACAUGUAAUUCACUUGGUGAAGGCCCUGGGGGAUUUUAUAGGCCAGGCUACAAAGAUGGAGCAAAACUUAGACUUCACAUGAUGUGUCUUGGUAUGAAUUGGGAUCCUCAGACAAGAAAAUAUGAUAAGCGGCAUCCAGUUGAUAAUUGUGAGCCACCCGAGAUUCCGCUAGGAUUUCGUCUUCUGGUUCAAAGAGCAAUCAAAGAUGCUCAUUGCCUGAUCAAGAAGGAUUCUGAUAUGGUCAAUCCAGAAGAUAUCCUUCCUUCAAUGUCUCCAAACGUAUGCAUUGUAAACUUCUAUUCAAUAUACGGUCGACUUGGCCUCCAUCAGGAUCGAGAUGAAAGCAGAGAAAGUAUCCGUAGAGGAUUACCUGUUGUCUCUCUGUCUAUUGGUGAUUCUGCCGAAUUCCUAUAUGGUGAUGGGAGGGAAAUUGACCAAGCCAAGAAAGUGUUAUUAGAAUCGGGAGAUGUACUAUUAUUCGGUGGUAAAUCUCGAAUGGUGUUUCAUGGGGUGCCGUCCAUCGUCCCAUCCUCUGCUCCUGAGCCUCUUAAAAUGAAAACCGGGCUUCGACAUGGUCGUCUUAAUCUUACCUUCAGGCAAUUUUGAA